CAACGAGUGAAGUCACAAGAGAAGACCCUAAAACAAAUUUCGUGUCCAGCGUGUCCACGCUGCUGCUGGUGGAGGAGCCCAUCGCCGGAGAGUUUGUGGGCCCUCUCUACCAGCAACCAUCACUGAAGGCUUUGGAUGAGCAGGGUAAUUGUGUCUCAGUGGGAGUGACGUCUCUCACUGUAACAGCCAGUCUGAAAAACAGCAGUGGACACCCAGUGGACGGGCUGGAAGGCAACACCACCAUUCUAUUCAAAACCUGCUGGGCCAACUUCACUGAUCUGUCCAUUCGCAACAGCGGUGAAAACCUCACCAUGGUCUUUACAUUGAAGGAGUGGGGGGCCAACUCAAAAGCCUUCUCUGUAAAGAACAUGCCUACCACCAUGCCCCCGCUGAUCACCACCACCACGCAACAGUCCACCACCGACGAAAGCAUCUUCAGCUCCAGCCCGGCCCUAACUGCUGGCAGUCUGUGUCUCAUUAGCCUCAUCUACGAGGUGGCCUGCUGCUCAGGCAGCAUCCCCAUAUGUUAAUGGUUCCUCUUCUAAAGGGUUAAAUGAAGGAUCACUCCACUCAGCUUUAAGGAUGGUGGAUAAAACUUGAUAAUUACUUUUCUCUUUUGGAUUUUUAUUCUCAUGUAUAGGAGCUGUAACACUUCCACUAUCUAUUAAUCUGAUCAGCCUUGUAGCCAAAUUUAUAGUAAGAUGGUCAUUUUUGUGGGGGGUUCUCUGUGUAUGUAACGACUUCUGGUUUGGAGAUUCUGCCUUAAUAUAUAUAAAAAUUAUAUAUAUAUAAACAACGGACAUGCUGAAUUGUGACCAAGAUUCCAAGCCUUUGUCUGAUAGCACUUGUGGGACUUUUUUAUUUUAAAAAUAUAUUUUAUUGCAUUUUUGUGACUAUUGUCUGCUUAUGUAAUCAUAUUGGGGUUAUCACCUUUAAAUGAUCUAAGAAAGCAGCAUUGUUUUUUCAGUCAUUCAGUUUCUUGAGGCCAAUUGUUUUUCCUGUUAUUUUAAAUUCACAAUUUGACAAGCUUUUAAAAACACUUCAUACAUAUGAAGAGAAGAUUAACUUUAGAGUUCAGAUUUUAGGUUAUUUCUCAAAAAAAAUUACUUUAGUACAAACUUGCCUGUUUGUCACAGCUGGAAAUUACUAAUUGUUCAUGUUUUUUCUCUAUCAUUGCAAGUAAAGUAGGGAUGUUACCCCAGCUUUUAUUUGGACACCUCGAAUGCUGCCAAUACAUUUUUAAAAAGUUUGCUUUUUUGCCAAAAUUGCAAGUCCUUACUAUUUUAUUAAGAUCAAAAUGUAAGAUGAGUCAAAAAUCCCAUAAAUUGUAAGACAAAAAAGGGGCACGUGAUGCACUUUAAUUAGCAGCUUCAUUUUAUAAUUGCGUCAUUUUGCAAAAAGGUAACUUAUAUAAACUGUUGCACUUUACGGAUUGUUGAAGACUAAACUCUGCUUUCAAUAAAUUUAACUGUUUAAAGCUUUUUUAAUGAGUUUUAAUUAUUAUUUUUCCAAUGGAGAGGGACUCUGUCCAUGGUCCUGAAGGGCACAGAUGUGUGUUUUUUAAUUACUUCUGUGUGUUCCACAUUUGUCCGCUAGAGGGCGACGUAUAGCUCACUAAAGUGGGAACGUUGGGCGCUUUCAGCAGACAAAAAAACAAAAAAAAAACACCAAUUUAAGCAUUUUAAAUAUGAAUUGUUACUAGUGGAGUCAGUUUUGUGACAGAAAAAGUUUAAAAGCUCAAACGCCUGUUUUCUCCUGCAACGGAAGCCGGUAGAGCGACACUUACAGCUGAUCCCGCGCGGCAACUUCUUAAGGGGGCGUGUCCAUCACUCUUUUUCGUGAAACUUUGCCCGUUUUCUUUACUGCGGAGGAGACACUUGCUUCAGAGCGGAUGCAUGCGGCUGCAGUCCCCCGGUCCCAGCUCCGGUUUCGGCUCAGACGUGAGGAUGGACUCCUGUCACGUCUCCCUGCUGCUGUUCGUGUGGGCGAUCCCCGGUUUCCGGUCCGUUUACCCCCCAUCUGUCCAGAGGAGCAACACGGUGGCGGAGUUCCUGGACGCGUCCGAAUAUUUAAAAGACUUUCACUCGUCUUCUUCCCUAAACUUCAGACGUGCAUCCAAAGAGUCGGUGCAGCCUCACGACUACAUGCUGUCGAUUUAUAAAACCUUCUCCACAGCGGAGAAACUGGGACUCAACGCCAGCUUUUUCAGCUCCUCAAAGGCUGCAAACACUGUCACAAGUUUUGUGGACAGUGGGCAAGAUGACCUCCCACUCUCCCCUCUGAGGAGACAGCAGUAUCUGUUCGAUGUUUCAAGCCUCCCUAAAAAAGCAGAGGUGUUGGGAACAGAGCUCAGGAUAUACACCAAAGUGUCUGGGAAUUUCCAGAUUCCGGAAACGGAUCCUGUUGACAUCCAGCUCCUCUCCUGCCACGAUAAGCAGCUGCUCGGCUCCAAAACCCUGGACCUGCACGACUCCAGCGGCCCGACGUGGAAGGUGUUGGAUGUGUUGAAAAUAUUCAAAGAGCACCGGGGGAAGCGCUUCUGUCUGGAGCUGAGAGCCGUGCUGGACAAGCCUGAGAGAGAACUGGACCUGCACCAUUUGGGCCUGCACCGGCACGGGAGGCCUCAGCUGAAGAAAGCCAUCCUCGUGGUCUUCACCAGGUCCAAGAUGAGGCAGAACCUCUUCAGUGAGAGGAGAGAGGGCAGAGCACUGCUGGACCUCCACAGGAGGACAAAAGAAAGGGGCCCCGGCACCACCGCCAGCAGGAAACGCAGGAGGGCGGCGCCCCGGAGCCGCCACGGGAAGAGGCACGGCAGGAGGUCCAAGUCCAGGUGCAGCAAGAAGCCGCUGCACGUCAACUUCCGAGAACUGGGCUGGGACGACUGGAUCAUUGCCCCUCUGGAUUAUGAAGCCUACCACUGCGAGGGUGUGUGUGACUUCCCUCUGCGCUCGCACCUGGAGCCCACAAACCACGCCAUCAUCCAGACUCUGAUGAAUUCAAUGAACCCCAGCAACAUGCCCCCCAGCUGCUGCGCCCCGUCCAAACUCAGCCCCAUCAGCAUCCUGUACAUCGACUCAGGGAACAAUGUGGUCUACAAGCAGUACGAGGACAUGGUGGUGGAGUCCUGCGGAUGCAGGUAGUGGCUCUGGGAGACAGGUGUGGAGGGGGGUGUCUUCAAUUAGUGGGAAUCUAACAGCAAAACCCUGAUGACCUCCACUAAAAACAUUGAUGAUGUCCGUCAGUUUAGAUCUAUUUAGUAUUUGUUGCACAGACUCACUGAUCUCUGAGAAAUUCUAUUUCCCUUAAACUCAUAAUUUCCUGCUAAUGUUCUUUUUGGAAAUUUGGAUUUGAUAUUUUGUGCACUUAUGCUGCAUUUUAAGCUGCAGAAUUUGUCCAAACUGAUGCAAAUGUCUCUUUUUUGUGUGUUUCAAUUACUAAUUUAAGAAAAAUAAGUAUUAUCUUUUCUACUUGGUGAAGUUUUGUUUUUUUUGGCUCAGGAGGGAGGUUCCACCUAAUUUAUUUUUUUUUUACAUCCUAAUCCAUGUCUAUAGUUUUUUGUGUCUAAAAAACAUUUUUAAAAAAAUCUGAGGAUCUCUGGAGAUGGUGAGGGACCAAAAAAAUGUGUUUAUUUAAAACAAACAUCUGUUUUAUUGUAAUGAAAUAAAGCAAACACAAUCCAUUGAUUCCAGGUACAGAUUUGGCACAGUUCAAACCACAGAGGAGGACACAUAACAAUGGAGAACAUGUACUCCACCCAUGGCAAAUUGUGGGACUCGGACUGGCUGUACUGAAAUUUAAAGCUCCACUCCAAUGAUAAUUGUGUUUUUGGUGUUUUUAACAUGUUCUUGUGGCGUUUUUCUUGUGAUGGAGGACAUAUAUAAAGAAAAUGAAGCCUAAUAUUGCAUUUCUGAGUAUUUCUUUAUUCAAAUUG